AUGGACGUUACACCUUCCGUUCCUGUUGCUGAUAGCUCCCCGGCGUUGCCUGUGAUUUCUCUGCCCGCAACUGUGGAGGCCCCGUUGCCUGCUCCCACAGCUGUCGAUAGAAUUGAGCCACCGAUAGUGUCUGAACCCGCACCGGCAGCUGUAACGCUGUCCGUGUCGGAACCCGUUCCAGAGGCUGCUCCCUCUGUUGUGGCUGACGAUGUGUCUGCUGUUGCCACCGUUGUUGUCGAUAGUGAGGAGCGUCUUGCCGCCCCCGCGGAACCUAAACCGCGUCGGGAAAGGCCGAUUGAGAGAGCUGACAACGUCCCCCGCUUUCGAAGCGCUAGUAUUUCGGGUGUUUCUUCUCGUAAGGGGCGAACGCCGUCCCCGGUGGUGACUUGCGUCCCACCCUACAAGUCCACCUCAAAACAGAAGAAAUUGCAACGGGCCUCGCAGCGCGCGGCUGUUGACUCGCGGCAGGUGUCGGCUGCCGAUCGCCGUCGGCAGCGGCCUGCCGCUCACAGUCAGCCUGAGGCGUCCGUGAGUUCCGCAGAGUUUAAGAGGGACGAGACAGUUCGUCAGCUCAAAGUUUUCCUCACUCAAACGGACCCUGUCGUGACAAGCGAUACGGCGAUGGACGUUACUCCGAGCGUGCCGCCUGCACAAGUGGCAGGCAAACGCAAAUCGGACGACUCACAUUGCCGUCGCAUCCGGCCGCACUCGCAGGAUUCUGGAUCUGAUCCUCCCGCCGGCGCUGGACCUGCCACAGCGGCUCCGUCGGGUGCCGCUCUUGAUAUGGACACGGAGGUGGUUCAGCCCCCCGUGUUUUCUAGUGCAAAGUGUGACUGGGCGGCGGACGUGGAGGUGGAUGACAGGACUGGCAGCGGCGGUGAUUUUAAUGCGGUCACCGAUGAUCGCGACCAGGAGCCGCGCCUCAACAAGUGUCAGGAACUCCACACGCUCCUCACCAGUUUUAAUCUCAAGGACACGUGGCGCAUGCUCCACCCGGUUGAAACACAAUACACGUAUUUUUAUCCGACGGGACACAGCCGACUUGAUCGGAUUUAUGUGUCAUCGUCACUAGCAGCCUCGGUGGCUCGAUCUGAGGACUGUCCGAAACGUAGUCGCCCUGUGCAAUUACCACGGACGGACGGUCAGGACGAGGUGACGUGGGCGGCGGUCGCGCUUGGCGCCUCCCCCGCACGUGCGCAUCGUGUGUCUGACCCUGAGGUUGCGGCUGACGCUGUUGCUAUGGACGUUACACCUUCCGUUCCUAUUGCUGAUAGCUCCCCGGCGUUGCCUGUGAUUUCUGUGCCCGCACCUGUGGAGGCCCCGUUGCCUGCUCCCACAGCUGUCGAUAGAAUUGAACCACCGAUAGUGUCUGAACCCGCACCGGCAGCUGUAACGCUGUCCGUGUCGGAACCCGUUCCGGAGGCUGCUCCCUCUGUUGUGACUGAGAAUGUGUCUGCUGUAGCCACCGUUGUUGUCGAUAGUGAGGAGCGUCUUGCCGCCCCCGCGGCACCUAAACCGCGUCGGGAAAGGCCGAUUGAGAGAGCUGACAACGUCCCCCGCUUUCGAAGCGCUAGUAUUUCGGGUGUUUCUUCUCGUAAGGGGCGAACGCCGUCCCCGGUGGUGACUUGCGUCCCACCCUACAAGUCCACCUCAAAACAGAAGAAAUUGCAACGGGCCUCGCAGCGCGCGGCUGUUGACUCGCGGCAGGUGUCGGCUGCCGAUCGCCGUCGGCAGCGGCCUGCCGCUCACAGUCAGCCUGAGGCGUCCGUGAGUUCCGCAGAGUUUAAGAGGGACGAGACAGUUCGUCAGCUCAAAGUUUUCCUUACUCAAACGGACCCUGUCGUGACAACUGAUACGGCGAUGAACGUUCCUCCGAGCGUGUCGCCUGCACAAGUGGCAGGCAAACGCAAAUCGGACGACUCACAUUGCCGUCGCAUCCGGCCGCACUCGCAGGAUUCUGGAUCUGAUCCUCCCGCCGGCGCUGGACCUGCCACGGCGGCUCCGUCGGGUGCCGCUCUUGCUAUGGACACGGAGGUGGUUCAGCCCCCCGUGUUUUCUAGUGCAAAGUGUGACUGGGCGGCGGACGUGGAGGUGGAUGAAAGGACUGGCAGCGGUACGUAA